AUGACGGAGAUGAAAGAGACUGCUUACAUUGUCGAGAACGCAACAAAGAAGAGUCUUGUCAUUAUCGAUGAGCUUGGUCGAGGCACUUCUACGCACGAUGGCCUUGCGAUCGCGUUUGCGGUCUGCGAAGAGUUGAUUCACAACAGAUCGCUGGUUUUCUUCGCGACACACUUUCAGGAACUGACCUCUACUCUGACAGCCUACCACAAUGUGGUUAACUUGCAUCUCGAGACAGAGAUGACACGAGAUGAGGGACAGAAGCCAGGGAUCUCGUACAAGUAUCGGCUUGUGAAGGGUUCAGCGAAAGAAGAGCAUUAUGGUCUCUCAUUGGCGAAAACCUUAAACUUGCCUCACGACAUCUUGACUCGUGCAGAGGUUGUUUCGAUUCGAUUGAUGGACCUCCAAGAGUCUGCCCGUCGUCAUUCCGAGAGCAACAGAAUUGUUUCUCGCCGACGAGCUCUAGCCCAGGCCGCUCACGAUUGCGUUCUUAUCCAGGAGGCAGCAAAAGGAAUGACGGAUGAGGAACUCGUCGUUGCCCUGCACGAUGUGCAGCAGACAGCAAUGAGGCACCUGUUGGCGAUCCCUCGUGAGGAACAGGACAUAGACAAGGACAAGGACAAGGACAAGGGCAAGAGUGCGAAGAGAGACAGCGGUGUUGUAAUGGGAUAG